UGUUGUGCAUGGAUUUAUGUAUCUCCAGAAUAUAACACAAGGGAUCUUUUGCUGAACAUUAUGAGAUCCUUUAUGAUUUCCACUAAAGAACAUCAGCAGAUGGAGACCUUUCAUUUGAAGGAGAAGCUUUUGGAAUAUUUGACAGUGAAGAGAUAUUUUGUGGUGGUAGAUGAUAUCUGGAAGACCGAAGCAUGGAAUGAUUUAGCAGCUGCUUUACCAGACACGGAUAACGGAAGUCGCAUCGUGCUUACUACUCGUAACUCUGAAAUAGCAUCACGCGCAGACCCCCGAAGCCAUCCUCACCAGCUACAACUUUUAAGACAAGAUGAGAGCUGGGAAUUAUUCUGUAAGAAAACAUUCUUACAACAAGAAAUUAAUUGCCCCCAAAAUUUAGAAGGGUUAGGAAGACAAAUUGUAGCAAAGUGCCAUGGUCUGCCUCUUGCAAUUAUUGUUAUUGCAGGCCUGCUAUCAAGGAAAACAGGGCUUCCAAGUGAGUGGGACAAAGUACUCAAGAGCAUUAGCUGGCAAUUUGUUGAAGGUGAGGCACAAAUUUCAAGAAUAUUAGCUUUAAGCUAUGAAGACCUAUCCUAUCACUUGAAGCCAUGCUUUCUCUAUUUAGGAAUUUAUCUGGAAGACCAUGUGUUCUCUGCCAAGGAGUCGAUUCAGUUGUGGGUUGCAGAAGGAUUUGUGCAUUCAAGAGGGGCUGAAACAUUAGAGGAAGUUGCAGAAGAUUACCUGGUGGAGCUAAUCCAAAGAAGCCUAAUUCAAAUAGUGCAAAGAAGUUCCAUCGGAGGAGUUAAAAGAUGUCGCAUUCAUGAUCUUCUUCGGGAUCUCUCAAUCUCAAAAGCCAAAGAAGAAAAUUUUCUUUGCACCACAAAUUCUCCUCCUCCAUGUACAACACGUCGACUUGCUAUUUAUCUUUACAUCCGUAACUGCAUUUCUUUAAACGACUCCUACGCAUGCCUUCAUUCUCUUAUCUGGUUCGGCCCAAAGAGCAGGUAUCUUGGACAAUAUCAACUGGGAACUUUCAAUUGCUUAGAGUGUUACAUCUGCAUGAAAUAGGGGUAAAAGGGGGUCCAAAUGAAAUAUGUACACUUAUCCACUUGAGAUACCUUCAAGUGGCAGUAGACGUGAAAAAAUGCAAAAGCCUGCUAGCAUGGAUAGCCAAUCUAUGCAACUUGCAAACACUACAUAUUGCCACCAUCAAAGUACGCAACUUGCAAACACGACAUUUGGCCACCAUCAAACCACGCAAGUUGCAAAUACUACGUGUGACCACCACCAAAGUAGAUGAAGAAAUUUUACUCGACAUAGAUUGUAAUAUUUUGAAGAUGCAAAAUCUAAGGCAUGUACAUGUUGAACUGGGCAGAUUUACAGGCUGGCCAAUUCUCAGUUUUCCAAGCAACCUACAAACUCUAAAAUAUAUUGAGGCAGGCCACUGGAUGGGUGAUGAUUGCUUGGGAAAGUUGAUUAAUCUUAGGAAACUAGGAAUAGUGGAAGUGGAUAUGCGUAGGCAUGGAGACAUAUUGUUCUAUUCAAUUCCCAAAUUGAAGCACCUCCAGUCUCUGACACUACAUGUUUCACCUGGUGGGAGUCUAUACCCAUUUCUGCCAAUUUUAAACCUGCUGCACCUCUAUAAGCUGUAUUUGGGUGGAGGGCUAGAGAAGCUACCUGAGUCUCAUGAAUUCUCACCAAACCUCACCAAGCUUACCUUGCAAGACACUACGUUAGGACAAGACCCGAUGCCGACACUCGAGAAACUACAAAACCUUCGGAUUCUCAGAUUGCUUCAUUCUGCAUACAUGGGAAAGGAAAUGGUCUGCUCUGUGCAAGGGUUUCCUCGACUUGAGUCGUUGAAGCUUAAAAAAUUAGAUUAUUUAGAGAAGUGGAGAGUAGAGGAAGGAGCGAUGCCGAGUCUUUUACAUUUACAUAUGUAUCAAUGCAGACAAUUGAAGACGCUUCCAGAAGGAUUGCAGCAUGUGACUUCCCUCAGAAAAUUGGAGCUAAUUAUGAUGCCUUGGAGUUCCACAAAGAGGGUUCAAGAAGAGAGGAGAGACGACUGGCAAAAGAUUCAACACAUACCUUCCAUCGACAUAAGAUGAUAUUCAUUCAAAAUUAAAAAGAGAGAGAAGAAAAUUUGCAUACAAAGAGAAGGACAGAGGUCCCAGGUAAUGCAAGCCGGAGCACCUUAUGUCCAAGCUAUCAUAUCCUCAGGAGCACCUUCCACCGAAAUAUGCUGCAGCUGUUUCUGAAGAUAAAUAUUGAGAUGUGGAAAUGUUGUAGCUGUUGCAACUGGCAAUCAAAGUCAGGCUUUCAUUCUUUGUUGCAGACAGAUUCAGAAUAUCUCCAAAGUAAAGCCGGUGAGAUUUACUUCUUUCAUUUUAUUUCUCUCAUUUCCAUUCAUACUUUCAAGUAUAAUCGUAGCCAUUUUAACUUCUAAGUUUCUGUAUUUCUAUGCUCUCUUUUUUUUCUCAGUAUGUACAAGUUGGGACCCUUUUUCAGAUUUUUGGCACAUGGACCAUAAUAUCAGCAUUUUAGAUCACUAAAAAAUGGCCCCACUUGUAAAAGCUGAAAAGCCCAUUGUGUAAUGCUUCUUGUAUGUCAUGCAUGCUAACUGUUGGAUGAAAUGGAUCGACGAGGAAUUUUUUUUUUUGUGGAUCACAUUCGAGUCCCUUUUUUUUUUCUCUAUCGAUGAGCUGGGCCACAGGGCAGUAUGGUUGGAUGACCUACAUAGAAAAUUGGUGCUGCAGGACAUGCCUCAACAUGGCUUUGAGAAGGGGGAGAGGAUUGGCAUCAGAUUUAACAUAUACCCCCAUCAACAUACAUGAAUAAGAUGUGGAUGUAGUGUUGUUGUGACUAACAAUCAUAGAGGAGCUUUCCUUGUUUCAUGUACACGGAUUCAUGAUCUCUGCAGUGCAAAGAGGGUGAGAUUUACUUUUUUGUUGUUUUAUCUCUCCUCUUUAUUGAUGAUGUGCAACAAUAAUCAUAGCCAUUUUAACUCCUAGUUUCGUUAUCUCUAUGUUAUUGUCCUUAUUUGUCACUUUGUACAAGUAGGGCCACCUUUACAUAUUUUUGGUGCACCAUGGGAGCCAUAAUGUCAGCAUUUUGGCUCACUGAACAAUGGACCCAUUUGUACAAACUCAAAACCAUUAGUAUUCUGUAAUCCUUCAGACAGAAUAUUGCAUAAUACCUAUCGUCGUCAUGCAUACCAACUGUCAGAUGAUUUUCCUCAAAAAAUAACGGUUUGUAUGGAUCUCACUUGUGAGCACAUUCUUUCUCUGUCAAUGAAUGGACCCGGAUGGCUGUAUGGUUGGAAGACCAUAACAUUGAUGCCCCAUUGGAUAAAAGCAGCACUGGUCUGUCCAUUGAAACUUUUUCUUUUAUCAUUAUGUGUUUUUACACCAUAUAGAUUUGAUAUACUUAUAACCAUUUGUGUUUUUAGCCCUGUUUGAGGAACACCACUCAGAUGAUAAGGAUGCAAUUGCCAAAGUGAUUUUUACACUGUCCAUCCACAAAAGGGCUCUCCAGAGGGAUGCUUCAGACCAUCAAAAUAUUGAACCAUGUGUGCAUUGCUCGUGCGUAAUUGGUAGAGCCAAGAAAUGGACUUCAACCACCACUUAUCUUCACAUCGAAUGCUUACACAGAUGUGUUGAGGUUGGAAAGUCUCAAGCUUGUGCAAUCCAGCUCCCUUACAAGCCAACACAGGCCUGGAUGGAAGAUGUGCAAGAUCCAAGCUGUCCAUCAGGUGGGUCCCCACUUGUCGAUGCCACAGCCCAAAAAAUUGGCGAUUCCCCACUUGUUGAUGCCACGAAAAGUAAGGGCCCCACACCCUAGGAAUUUGGUGAAGCAAGACCCAUUUCGGAGUUCCUCUGUUCUAAGCACAACAUAUGGCUUCACAGUCUGGGCAGAUGACUCAGGUAAGUGGAAUCACAUUUCUGUUGUACCUCAAAUAAAUUGAAUUCAGUUCCUUGGCCUCCCAUUUGAUAGGAAAUAGAAAGAAUUAUACACUUUCUGUGGAGAAUUUUACUCUGAGAAAAGCUCUUAGAUUUUCUUCUUUUCAUUCUUUUCUCAUUUCUGAUGUGUCUUGUCUUGCAGUAUCUAAUGACUAUCAUAUGAAGUGAAGUGGACAACAAGGACAUGGCCCUACAUAAGUGGGCCAAGAUUAUCAUAUAAAUAGCAAUGCUUAUAUUGCCCAUGGCUUCAGCAUUAUUAGUUUUGUUUAUAUGUUUGUUUUUUAGUGAUGAAGAUAGAUGAGAAGACUUGGUUUGUUCAUGUUUUGAUUUUCAAAACAAUGUUAUUGUGUUGUUUUGGAAAGGGAAUUAAUAACUAUAUUUGAGGAGAAAUCCAGUGAAAGUUCAUUACCUUUUAUGAUCUCUUUUUUGAUUUCCUCAUUUAUGAAUAGCAUGAGAUAUUUUGAUGAUGUUUUCAAACUAUAGCAUGAGGAUGUUUGUAUUUUUUAUCUUCCAAUCUUCAGUGCUUUAAUAUAUCAAAGAAUUCCCCUAAUGUUUGGCAUGUGUUAAUGUAUUUAUCUUUGGAUGUAAGAUGCUUUUCAAAGUGGAAGCAAUUAUUUAGACUGGGGGUCCACAAUGCUUACAUGGAUGCAUGAUCAAAGCUGAUCAUCAGGUGCAAGCCACUAUAUGGCUUUCCUUGUGCAAAAUUCAGGUCCAUCCACCCAUCUGAUGGGCCACACAUGUACAUCAAAUGCUGACUGUGAAUUUCUUUUGCAUAUGUUCGGCUCGCCAGAUUUGUGAUUGAACUGAUUCUUGGUCCCAAGGCAUAAGUUUUGGGUGAGAAAGCUAAUAAGACCACACGUAUGUGGAGCCUUCCUAACCACAUACGCCAAAAUAGCAUAAGGGUGUGAAGUAAGAUCUUUCCAUCAAGUGAACCACUGUGUACAAAACAAAUGGAUGUAUAGAUAAAAACUGUAUUAGCGAUCCAUUUCUUUUGUAUAUUUUCCCCGACCUGAGAAGCAAAACCGCCUGAUUUUUGUGCAAGAACAUCCAAUUAAUCUGACUCAUCUAAUGGAAUUAUAUAGCUGGGAUCUCACACACAUCUAUGUUGGCAUGUGCAGCUACAUGUCGAUGGGCAAGGCUCCACAUGCAUGUGGGCUUAGCAAACAUAUGCCUUAGGUUUACUUAAUAUGGUAUUCAUUUGUUUGGUAUAUCUAUAUGAUAUCUGCCUUUACAGCAUGUGCUACUCUUAACUGCAGUAGUGUAAUUUUUGCCUUCAAUAGGGAACUCUUCCAGGAGCUGAUAUGUUUGGUUUUGUUUGCAGUCAAUCCAUGCUUUGAAGCCCAUGUCAGAUGAGAAUAGUAAUUUCAUAUCCCAAGCUUAUAAUUAGAUUGUGACAUUGAAUGAAAGAUUAGGAGCUUCAUUCUAUAAGGUUUUUGGAGCAUCUUCCAUCUAUGGCAGAGCUUAUCAAAUUCAAGUUUGUAUCUCUCAACUACUGGCCCCACUUGUGACAGGUAUCUGGACACUUCAGCCCAAUGCACUAGUAACUUGUUACUUCCUCCUGUUUUCUCCAUGAUUAGUUUUAGAUGUGUGUAAGUUUUAUUAGUUGUAAAGGAUUUACAGGUAACUCACUGAUGGUGUUUGGACAGGAAAUCACACAGUCAAUUAAAAUAUAGCAUAAACUCACUUUCAGGGGUAACCUGUUUGCAACUUAAAAGCUACAGGCAUCCAAACGAUCCCUUGACGUAGUUAUAUGCUUCCACUACUUUUAUAAAUUUAAGCAAACUAACUGUAGCAUGUAACUUUCUGGUUUUACGCACAAAUUUGAUUUCCAGACUUAUUCUCAUAGGAGAUAUUGUCAUGACCACUAGACAGAUGUGGAGAAUGGUGGAAAUGGUGAUGAGAUAUUUGGAUGAUAUUUUCUAAUUGUAGCUUGUGGAUGUCUGUAUCUCUUGCAACUAAACGUUCCAUACGAUACAAUGUGCUAAUAUUCAUUCUAAUACGUUCUCUACUUCAAAUCACACAAACAAUUUAUGUAAUGUUUGGUUUAUUUUCCUGUAUGCGUCUGCAUGUAAUGUGCUUGUUAAAACUUGAAAUAGAAAACAAUUUCUUUCCAUUUUGCACAAUUGAGGCUGGUGGUUUA